AUGACUUCGGACUCGUCCCUACAUCGCCCGACUGAGUCUCUCAUCCUACCGAAUAAACGACGCUUCAUUCCUUUCAAAAUCCCCAACUUUCACACCCAGCUUCGCCACUACAUCAGCACCGCCGAUCCCGAUCGCAUCUAUGUCGUCGUCGACAGAAUUGUCUGGGCUAUUCACAUUUCCACCCAAUGCUCUGAGAACAUAGCUGUCAUUCCAUUCGAGCCGCGAUGCUUGGCGGCAGGCUUUGGGUGGAUCGCGGUGGGGGGCCCCGAUAACGGAGAAUGCGCCUUCAUCAAGAUCGGUGGCGGCGGCAGCCAGGUCCGUGGCCAGACAACCUCUCACCCACACGCCGAUGUGGACAGCGCGCUUCCGCUCGACCUUGAGCCGUCUACUAGCUUGCCGUCGCCCAGGACUUCGAACAGUGGCUCGGCGACCGCAUCUCGACAUUCGGGCCGCAGGCUCCUGCCUGAAAUUGAGCUUCACAAGUUCGGAGGCACGAUCGUCAACUCCGUGACUAUUCAUCGUUUCCCGGGAAAUGGGCAAACCGUCUCGGAUGAAGAUGUGGUGAUCUUCAGUAACAAUGAUCGAACCGUUACCGUUUAUUCCCUGACCCGCGCAAAAGUUUUGAAGGUUCUUCAACAUCCAACUUGCAUGAACUAUGCCUCCAUAUCCCCAGAUCAUAGGCUACUUGCUGCAGUAGGAGACGAAAAUCGGGCGUAUUUCUAUGAGAUCACACGUGAUCUUGAGGGAUUGAUAACAACGGAAUCUGGCGAGAAGCUCGCGGCAUUGGAAUGGGACUUGGCACAAUGCGUCGAAAUGGACAUUGGCCUGCGGGUGGAUGACGCGUGCUGUUUCACCAUCGCUUUUUCACCCUCGAGUCAUUUAUGUGCUAUUGGAUCCCAGUCCGGAAUUAUCACCGUUCUAGAUGUUGAAAUGAUUCACAAAACUGCCAGUGAUGAACCAACUGAUUUGCCCGUUAUGUGCCAAUUCCCGGCCUCCCGAUCUUGCUCCGAAGGAGGAGCCGUGCGCUGCAUGACAUUCUCGCCCGAGCCGUGGGAUCUCUUGGUAUGGCUCGAAGGCCAUGGGAGGGCUGGAAUUGCAGAUGUCCGCCAGUCAUUCUUGCGUCGGCAGAUAAUCCACUUGGAUGUCAAUGACCCACAGCUGCAAGAGGUUCGCCUAGGUCCCAAGACAGACGGAUAUGACACUCCGAGUCUGGACGACGAUGAUCUGGAAGUCUCACCGCGGGUAGGACUAGAUGUCGAUGGGAUUCCUAAUGAGCGGGGUGGGCCCGAAGCGGAACGGUCUUCGCUCCGCGAGGCCUUGAUUUCGGAUCUCACAGAGCGCGAGAGACUAAUUAUGGAAUUCUUGAACACAGCUCGUUGGACGUCGAGACUGGAAGAGGGACUCACCGAGCGCCCUGAAAGACCACCAAGAGCCACUCUUCAUCCUCUCCCUGCGACGCGUUCGCGACAGUAUGGUGCCACGGAUGGUGCCGCUCGUCCAUCCCUUCCUGGCUCACCUCCAUAUCCUCAUGAAUCUUCUGAAUUGUCCCGCAGCAGUCAUGUGGGACGUACGCACCAUCCCCGACGCCAGAGUUCCGUGGUGCUUUCUCAAGGUAGUCGCUUAUCUGAAGCGCGAGGUUCCAAUAGCGAUCACCAGCCCAGCCUGACCCUCAGCUACACCGCAUCGCCUUCCGAGUUCCGAUCUAACGCAUCGGACACCACAUCGCGGUUUGCCGAACCAGACCCCGCCAUCCAUGAAACAGCCAUGCUCCCUGAGAUGAGAGCACCACCUUCACCCCCACUAACAGGUCUUGACCUCGGUCUUUCUCCUGAGGCAUUGCGUAUUCUAGCCAGGUCUAGAUCUACACCCCGGCGGCCCGAGCAAGGGCAGUCCGGUGGUGAGAGGCUCUACGACACGUCACGUCUAUCAAACUACGAGAUCAGAGCUAACGUUGCUGCCGAACGUCUUCGGCGCCAACGUCAGAUAGCCAAUGAGGUACAUAAUCGCUCCUUUGAACGGGAACAACGGCAUCGCCAACAGCUUCUUGGUUUUGAACAGACCCAUUCUCCCCGAUGGAUUCGAAAUAUCAUCAAUGAUCUUCCAGAUCGAAGCCUCGUCCCUGGCCCUGGCGCCGAAGAGCCUGACUCCACUGCAGGUGUAGGCUUUGGCGCUGAUGGCAGAACGCUAUAUAUCGCGACCAUGGAAGGAAUCUUCGAGUUUUCACUCAACGUUCAUGAUCGCAAAACAUUCCCCGUAUUUUCAUACCGCUAG